AUGACAACAACAGAGAACACAACAACUGCUAUCGUUCAUGAAGCCAUAAGUGAAGAAUACGAGUACAUACAGUUUAACAAACAACUCCGUCUCAUUCGUUCGGUCAAAGAUGACAUGUACCAAAUGCAAAGUAUUUUGAAUGCUCUUCGUUCUACAAAGCAAGCAUACCAUUGGUUUGAAAACCAACAGACAAAAGAACUUUUAGAAGAAUUUCCUCAUAUGUUUGCUACCCUCGGAAAACCGCGGGUCGAGAUUCCGUACGAAAAUCGUCAAAAUUUGCCAAAUGGUUUGAGAGGUUGGUAUGUACAUAGACUUCUUGUAAAUGCUGUUGCAAUGUGGGCUUCACCUCGCUAUGCUUGUUAUAUUUUCAUGAUGUUAGAUGAAAUUCAUAGACAAGAACGUGAAGAGCUAGAGAACAAGCUUGAAG